AUAGAGGUUUUUUGUUGUUGCGACAAAUGACAUGCAGCCUGUGCAUGUUUGUUUUGAAUUAGCCAGCCAGCACAAAACUGGUUUAUCUUUGCACACUGGUGCAACACUGGGCAUGUGUAUGAAGCCGUAGUCCAGCCCUGCAACCCGCCCACCACCCUCCCCUCUUCCAUUCGGUGCGUCUCGGUCCGCCCGCAGCAGUCUCCUUUCCCGGCGAGGUUUCACUACAGAGAUGGCUGCGAAAGUGUGCAGAUCAGUACUCCUGUUGUCCCGGAGCAGCGGAGCGGGGGCCGGUAGCCUCCCCUCACUUGUUGUCUCUUCACAGCGGCAUCAUCAGCACAUAAGACCGGAUGUACUGUGUGCUCCUUUCACCCGUCAGACUGUCAGGAGAGCACAUGGCCUAUGUUCUGCAUCCCACUCCACACUCUUCACCCAGCCUCCCACUGCCCUGUCUCCACAGGUUUGGAGGGGCGCCCCCUCAUGGCAUGGACAGAGACUGUUGUGUUCCUCUGCUGCUCCAGAAGAGGUGACAGUGGUGUAUCAGAACGGGCUGCCGGUGAUCUCAGUCAGUUUGCCGUCCAGGCGAGAGCGCUGUCAGUUCACCCUCAAGCCUCUCAGUGACUGUGUGGGAGUUUUCCUGCAACAGCUCCAAGCAGAGGACAGAGGCAUCGACCGGGUAGCAAUCUACUCCACGGAUGGAGCGAGGGUCGCCUCCUCCACAGGCAUAGACAUCCUGCUGCUGGAUGAUUUUAAGCUAGUCAUUAAUGACACCACACACCUCGUGCGGCCACCAAGGAAAGAGCUGCUGCCCCAUGAGGAGGCGGAAAGGCUGAAUGACGUCAAGUUUCUGGUGCAGCAACUCUACACCACUCUGCGCAUCGAGGAGCACCAACUCGGCAAGGAACGGGAGCUGAUUGGACGACUGGAGGACCUCAACUCUCAACUCCGCCCCUUAGAGAAGGUGAAGGAGGAGUUGAAUAGGAAGGCAGAGCGGCGUACCACCUGGGUGCUGUGGGGCGGCAUGGCGUACAUGGCUACCCAGUUUGGCAUCCUGGCCAGGCUCACCUGGUGGGAGUACUCCUGGGAUAUCAUGGAGCCCGUCACCUACUUUAUCACUUAUGGCACGGCCAUGGCCAUGUACGCCUACUUUGUGCUUACACGCCAGGAGUAUGUUUACCCCGACGCUAGAGACAGACAGUAUCUGCUGUUCUUCCACAAGGGAGUGAAAAGGACACGCUUUGACAUUGAGAAGUACAACAAGCUGAAGGAUGAUAUCGCUGAGGUGGAGUUGGAUCUGAAGCGUCUUCGGGACCCGCUCCAGCUCCAGCUCCCAGUUCAGCAGCUCACCGCCAGUAAAAAUUGAUAGGAAUUGAUAGGGACUUCCUCCUCUCUCAGCUCCGGCAAACCCCCUUUCCCUCUUCCCUCUUCCGUCCAACACCCUUCUCCCUUCCCUUUUACCCCCAACUCUUUCCUCAGACUCCUCCCUCCCACACCCAAAAAUCCCAUCCCUGUCUUGACUGUGGGAGUUAGUUUUUUCUCCUUUUUUUCUUUUUUUUUUUUUUUUUUUUUUUUUACUUUCCUGACUGAAAACUUCAGUUGGAAUUGCAAGUGAAAACCGCUUAAAGACGAAGAAGGAUGGCGAGAGUACCGGGAAUUUAAAAACUCUCACGGCUGAAGGAUGGCGAGGAUGAUGAAAAGGACAAUGAUGAUGAAGGAAUAACACUGGGCACUAUGGGUAUGCCUAAAGUCUCUGGAGGGACAGCCUGCAGGGAACUCCAGGGGAAUUAUUACACCUCUAGACAAUCCAGAACAGAGGACAUGCAGAGGGGCGUUAAGUGACGUGUGUGUGUGUGUGCAUGUGCGUGCGCAUUUGGUGCGUGCGUGUGUGUGUGGGACUUUUGGGGUACACUGGGACAUCGACCCUGGCCACUCAGCCCUGGUCAACACAGCAGUGUAGUCCUGCUUCCUCUAGCAGUCAAACUGUCAACACACGCACACCUACUCUUGGUAGGCUCCAGAGAGAGUUCCCACCCCACACGUUAAAGUUUACAAGGAAGUCCUUACUGCAGUCGCACCAUCAGGGGGGGCCUUCGUCUUCCUGUGGCUGAACUCUGCUGCCUCCCCCUCCCUGGGCCACGCCUUCUCCAGGUGACGGACAGCUGUCCCUCCCAGUGUGACCUUUGUCAGGAGCUUGUCUCGACUUGCAGGACAUAGGCAUGACGACGCCUGGUUUCCUCUUCCUGUUGACGUCUUGUAGCGGCCCGGUCUGCGUAUUGAGUAUGAGAGUACUACCGACAACAACAUCACUGUGUGUUCUUUUAUUCCAAAAAAAAAUAUUUUGGCACUUUUUAUUUUGAAAGCCAUAGUAUAUUUGUUAUGAAAAGAAUAUAAAUAUAUAUAUAUAUAUAUAUGUAUACAAUCAAAUAAACAGAUGACCAGAGGCUAGUUUUUUUCAGUGGGGGGAGGAGCUCUCUUACAAACAUCAGAAACUCAUUUACAUCCUCUGAAGAUCUCCUGCCAUGAAGGACACCCGCUAACAGUCCAACGCACACACACACACAAAGCAUAAUAAUGUAUGCAUUUACUAACUUGAACUAACUAUUUUAUAUUUUGUUAUGACAAACGCACACAAUUUAAUUCACAGUAACAACGUCCUAGGCUGGAUGUAAGGCUCCUGUGCAUGGCCACCAAAGAGAGGGAAACCAUGUUGAAGCCAAAUCAGGGUGAAAAUGGCUUUGAUUGGAAUUGAUUUUGAGCAAUGCAGAUGGGAUGGGGAUAAAGCCAUGCUUGACCUGUAUAAUCAUCUCAUGAAUACAAAGAUUGCUGCGGAAAUGCUUAACAUAAUGGAGGCGUUAAACUGUGUAGUGACCAUUGUCUCAGACGAACCCACAGGCAAUGUAUACAGUAGUUUAAUACAUCUGAUGAACUGAGAGGCUUUUAAAAAGAGUAAAGCCGCAAUAUACAGCAGGUGCAGGAUUUGAGUAAAUUGCCUGCAGUUCAAUAUUUUCUCCUUUUCCAAUCGAAAGUAUUGUUCUUAGAGGUGUAGGUUAUCAGAUUUUCAGUGACCUGGCCUUUAAUUUAGCAGCAUGUGAUGUGCAUUUCAACAAUGUUUUCAUUAUUCUCCCUUUACAACGCUUAUUGACAAAAUAACAGAAGGCUACAUCUAAAAAAAAAAAAAAGCAUCAUGGCACUGAUUCCCAGAGGCUUUUUUGAGUUUUCUCCUCCCACUGUUGCUGUAAUGCCCCCCUGCUCCCCCCCGAUGACACGGCAGGGUAGACUGCAUGCUGUGGUGUGCCCUCAGUAGAAAUUUGUGAAUGUGUAGGAGCAUUAUUGCAAUUUUGUACCUAAUUGGACACUUUUCUUUGCCACAUCUAGCUGAAGUCUCAUCCCCUCCCCGAUGGGUUAAAUCAAAGGUUAUAGAAGCCAUAUGUUUAUGUUGUCCAUUUUUUGGGGAUGGUCACUAAAUAAACCUUUGUCAGCUUCACUUAGUUUUCUGUUCAGGGUGAGGAUUGAAGGCCCCUGUAAAUGACAUGACGUCCCCGAACAUAGUCUAAUUCAAGAUCCUGCUUGUGUGUCUCGUGGCUGAAUCCUACUGAACAGAUCCUUGUGUUUAACUUCUGAUUUUCGAUUAAAAUGCAUGCUUUUAGGUCAAAUCAAAAGUUAGCCAUGCAGAUCUCAAGGCAGGAUUUGGUCGUGUGUGUGUGUGUGUGUGUGUGUGUGUGUGUGUGUGUGUGUGUGUGUGUGUGUG